GGAAAAAAUAAUAAUAACAAAAACAGCGCAACCGGCUUUUCUUUUCCUCCUCUGCUCGGUAUCCUUCAGCCCGGUCCGGUGUGGUCCGGUUCGGUUCGGUUCGUUUUGGUGGUCGUGUCCUCGGUGCGGUUCGGAGACAUGGCGAACGUAGCGGACACCAAACUCUAUGACAUCCUUGGAGUUUCUCCUUCGGCUACCGAGAACGAGCUGAAAAAGGCGUAUCGCAAACUGGCAAAAGAAUAUCACCCUGAUAAGAACCCCAACGCUGGAGACAAGUUUAAGGAGAUCAGCUUUGCGUACGAGGUGUUGACUAACCCUGAGAAGAAGGAGCUGUAUGACCGAUAUGGAGAGCAGGGCCUGCGUGAGGGAGGCGGAGGAGGAGCCGGGAUGGAGGACAUUUUCUCCCACAUCUUCGGCGGAGGACUGUUUGGGUUCAUGGGCGGUCAGAGCAGUAGGAACCGAAACGGGGGACGGCGGAGGGGAGAGGACAUGGUGCAUCCGCUCAAGGUGUCUUUAGAAGAUCUUUACAACGGCAAAACCACCAAACUCCAGCUGAGCAAGAACGUUCUGUGUAGCGCCUGCAAUGGUCACGGGGGGAAGACGGGCGCGGUGCAGAAGUGUACUGCGUGCAGAGGGAGAGGGAUGAGGAUCAUGAUCAGACAGCUGGCCCCUGGUAUGGUCCAACAAAUGCAGACGGUGUGUAAUGACUGCAACGGGGAAGGUGAGGUGAUCAGUGAGAGAGACCGGUGCAAACAGUGCGAGGGCCGUAAGGUGUGUAAGGAAGUGAAGACGCUGGAGGUGCACGUGGAUAAGGGAAUGAGACACGGGCAGAAGAUCACGUUCAGUGGAGAAGCGGAUCAGUCUCCCAACACAGAGCCUGGAGAUAUUGUCCUGGUGCUGCAGGAGAAGGAACACGAGGACUUCCGCAGAGACGGUAAUGACCUGCACAUGUGCCAGACGAUCGGCCUGGUGGAGGCGCUGUGCGGCUUCCAGCUCACUCUCACACACCUCGACGGGCGACACCUCCUCAUCAAAUACCCUGCUGGAAAAGUCAUCGAGCCAGGUGCUGUGAGGGUGGUGCGUGGCGAGGGAAUGCCGCAGUACAGGAACCCGUUUGAGAAAGGAGAUCUCUACAUCAAGUUUGACGUUCGGUUCCCCGAUAACGGCUGGCUCAGUACCGAGAAACUCACGGAACUGGAGUAUCUGUUACCGUCGCGUGAAGAGGACGCCGUCAUCACGGCUGACACGGAGGAGGUCGACCUGCAGGAGUUCGACAUGAGCCAGGGGUCAUCUGGAGGUCAACGGCGUGAAGCCUAUAACGAUAGUUCAGAUGAGGAGGGCGGGCCACAUGGGCCGGGGGUGCAGUGCGCCCACCAGUAACAUGUCUCUCUCUCACACACACACACACACCUGUGAUCCUCUCCUCCCACCCAGACCUGCCGUCCUUCACAUGUUUUGUGUCCCAGUUCUGUAUUUUAACGUCCAAGUUCACUGCUACGACGAGAGCACUCAAAAAUACGCCGUCGUCUUUUUCCUCACAAUAACGACAAAUGACAGACCGAGCUGUGAAUCCGGGACGACUGACGGUUGUGUAGAUGUUUUGAUCUCUGAUAUUAUCCUGCAUUCGACUUGCCUCAGGACUGCGAAUUCGCACAGACGCCUCCAUGUUUGUCUUUCGUUAGCAACAAGCUAGCCAGCUAACUGUGAUGGGUAACAUAUACGGUGUGAUGGUAUGACGUAUACGACGUCCUCCUCAGAACAGUGAACUCUAUAAUCAGUGUUAUAGAUCGAACAAACCAAUAUGUUGAUUGAUCUAAAGUAAAUCGUUUUGUGCUGCUUUGUUUAAUGAUGAUGCUCUGAGCGGCCAUUUUGUUUCCACUCCUUGCUGGACUCAGAGUUUUGCAGCCCGACUAAGAAUUCCUCGGGAACUGAGGGGAAUUUGGUCUAGUCCAGGUUACGAUCUUAAGUCGAGUGCAGUGUAACUGACCUGCUGAAAGUCCCGCCCCCUUCUGGCAGGUCUGUACUGUAAUCUUUUAUACCCCUCACCCUGUUUCCUCUCCUCUCCUCUCAUCCCUCCAUCCUGUAAACGCCUGAAUGCACAAUAAAUAACUCCUUCACAUCACAUCAACUAAGACUGGAAUGCUAAACUAGAACCUCCAUCUUCCAUUUAAAAACAAAAAACAACAAAAACCAAAUGUUCACACGUUUUAAACGAAAAGACACAAAGUAGAGAAAACAGAAAAAUAUAUAGAACGGUUUGUUUUUAAUUUGUUACCACCAACAUUACCAUUGUAGACUUUUAUAUACUGUAUACAUCACUGAAUAUUUAAACUUGAAAAGCAAAUAAAUGUGUAUAGGAUUUAAGUUAUGAACACUCUCUCUCUCUCUCUCUCUCUCUCUCCCCCCCCCUCCUGGAACAGUGUCAGAAUGGAAACAAGGACGUCAAAAAAGUUCAAUAAAACAUUUGUGUGUCUAAUA